GGAUGUUCUCCCGAAAUGUGUUUGUCACUCUUGUUUGGUGUGGAUUCACAGUGUGGCGUAUAUUUCUAACAGUGUUAAAGUUGUUUAUACGGGCACCCUCAGUGUAACCUGUAUCGCUGUUGGUCAAGUAUGCAUGCAUUCACGUGUGUGUGCGUGCAGAAGCCGCACAUAUUAUGUGACUGGGCCAGCAUUCGUUGGAACGGGUGAAAAGCGGACGUGACGUGACGAUUUUCGGGAGGGGCACUGAAACUUGGGAGUCUCCCAGGAGGGUUGGCAAGUAUGAGAAUUCGCGGUGAAUGCGGUGUUACCGCGGCACCGCCACUGUAUUUAAUUGGCGGUUAAUUUGAUAUCAAUUUUGGCCCGCGGGCCAGAGUUUGACACCCAUGCUUUACAUUGUGUCUGGGCAAAGAUGGUGCUCUUAACUGGAUUACUUUUUGAAUGUGUACUGUGUGGCAUCCUGGUGCAUCUUCUACAUAAGGUAGUUCGAAUAAAAUGAAUAAAUUGACAUUUUAACUAAAAGCAAAGCUUGUCUAGAAGUUCAGCGCUCCUUUAUGUUGCACCUGAACCAGGUAAAUCUAUGUUCUACUUCAUCCUCAGGGUGUUUGAUACACUGGGCAAAAGUUCUUCCAACCAAGGACACCUUGUCCAAAAAGACCGAUCAAAUAGACCAUCUCUAAAAUGAAAUUCCCACUGGAGCGUGAGUGAUGGUGAACAAAACCGCACUGUUUAGUUUCAGACGCUCGAGUCACAGGACGUCUCGCCGACAAGGCAUGGACUCGACCGUUGCGACACCCGAUGCUGACGCGUACCCCAAGAAAAUACUGGAGUACAUGGAAGGCUUCCUCGUCUCCAAGACGCUGUUCACGGCCUGCGAGCUGGGCGUGUUCGACGUGUUGCUGGCCGCAUCACGGCCUCUGUCUACCGAGGAGAUCAGUCGGGCAGUCGGCGCCAGUCUGGACGGCACCGAGAGACUCCUCUCCGCCUGCAGUGGCCUCCAGCUGCUCGAGGCGCACCGGCAUGACGGACGAGUGUCCUACAGUAACACCGAGCAGGCCAGCCUCUACCUGACGCGCUCCGGUCCCGCCACCCUCUACCAUUCCAUCCAGUACAGCUCCAGAACCAUCUACCUGUGCUGGCACUACCUGACUGAUGCCGUCAGGGACGGAAGAAACCAAUACGAGAAAGCCUUUGGCGUCAGCUCGGAGGACUUAUUCGAGGCCCUCUACAGGUCCGACCAGGAGAUGGUGAAGUUCAUGCAGCUCAUGAACUCCAUUUGGAACGUCUGUGGCCGAGAUGUGGUCACGGCCUUUGACCUUUCACCUUUUAAGGUCAUCUGUGACCUUGGAGGCUGCAGCGGGGCGUUGGCCAAGCGCUGCACGGCGGCCUACCCGGAGUGCACGGUGACCAUCUUUGACCUGCCCAAGGUGGUGCAGACCUCCAAGGAGCACUUUGUCAAGGAGGCCGACCACAGGAUAAGCUUCAUCGAAGGCGACUUCUUCAAGGACCCUCUGCAGGAGGCGGACCUCUACAUCCUGGCCAGGAUCCUCCACGACUGGACGGAUGAGCGGUGUCUACAACUGCUGAGGAGAGUCCACGGGGCCUGCCGAGCAGGUGGCGCCGUUCUGCUGGUGGAGGCGUUGCUGCGCGAGGACGGCGCCGGCCCGCUCACGGCGCAGCUCUACUCCCUGAACAUGCUGGUGCAAACCGAGGGCCGGGAGCGCACAGGGGCCCAGUACAGCGCCCUGCUGACUGCCGCCGGCUUCAGCCAGGUCCAGUAUCGACUCACGGGCAAGAUCUAUGACGCGGUUCUGGGCCUUAAGGAAGCAAGAACUUAAAAACAAGUCCAAUGAUACGCACAUCUAGCCUGGUGAUUAAUGUUGGAUUUAUAAUCAAUGACCACAAAUGAUCAAUUCUACUGAAAACUAAACCAUUUAGAUGUUUUAUGUAUGAAUAAUAGCACUUUAUUAGUAGUCACAGAGAUGAUUAAAAAGCUAUUCUUGCUACCUUGGCCACUGUUUUUGGAGGAACAAAAAAUAAUAACAAUGAAAAAUAAAUAAAUAAUAAUAAUUGUUGCAACAUUAGAUACUAUUUAAAUUGACAAAGUGAACCAUUUUUGGAGAACAUGCAUUUGUUUCUGUCAAAAUGGACAGAAUUAUUAAAAAAAAAAAUAAAAAAAAAUAAUGUUCUUGAAAUCACGCGCAUGGAAUCUUUUUUAUUGGAAUGUUCUAGUUGGACUCGGCCCCACACCCUUCCCAAAGUUUCUUCUCCUUUCCCCCAGCUCGUACUUUUGGAGUUUUUCCUUGCCUGGUCGUGGGUUUGUGCAGCCCUUUGAGACACUCGUCAUUAAGGGUUAUAUAAAUAAAUUAGUGAUUUUAUGUGAAUGUGGUUGAGCCACACUUGCUGCAUUGCUCAAGGGCAC